UUUUGCUUUUCGUUUGCACAUUUGAAGACACCAUGACGUUUGUUGUUAAGGAAGCUGACCAUCUCGGAUUUUGCUCAAAAUGGUUUCUGUUUCUUCGAUUGGAAAGGAAAUCCUACUGAAACUUCUUGGAACAAUCUUCUCCUUUUAUGCUGUUUAUUACAUAGUGGCUUCACUCCUUAAUGGAAUUCUCAGACUGGACAGUUUUGAUGGCACCAUUCCUUUCCAUUACCAAAGCUUUGAUCAAAUUUUUGCCAACUCUACAAAAUGGAGUGAUCCUGUUUUUCUAGGGGACUUCAUCUCACUGGAAGGCACAUACAUAACAAUUCCGUUUGUUUUCUACAUCUUUCUGAGAUCGCGACUCUGGGAUUACACAAUCACCAUUACAGCUGUGCACUGUAUCCUCGUCUGUCUCGUUAAUUUAGCUUUCCCUCUGGUGUGGGAGUGGUGGGUGUGGAUCGUCAUCAGUCUUCUCCUCAGCAUCGGGAUCAGCGAACUGACCAGCGCCCUCAUCAGGAAAAAGAAGACAGGGAGCUUCAGACCCCUGCCGAGGGAGGAAGAUAAGGCCUCAUGAUGACUUGAAGAAUGAACAACAUGUAACUCAAUACCUCAAUCAAAUGGUUUACAAAAAAGGUGAAGAAUGUUGAUAAGAAUAUAUCUAUGUCUAUUUUUGAAGAAAAAAAUACUUUGCAUCAAUUGCCCCAUAGUUUUUGUCUUGCCUGCAUAGCAAAAGCAAGUAUCCCAAAUCAUAUGACACAAAUUCCAGGUCACAAUAUUAAGGACAAAGGUCAUUUUAGGUCAGUGGACUUGAAUUAUGUUUUCGCAACUUAA